GGCAGGUGCCUGCUCUCCGGCGGGGCGGCCUGGGAGCUGUCAGCGCCGGCCGCCGCCGCCCCUGCAGGGCUGGAGCAGAACCGGGGGUGCCGAGGGAGGGGACACUGCGAGAGGGCCGCGCGCCGGCCGCCGCCGCCCGGCGCUGAGCGUCGGUGACGGACAGUCAUGCCGGGGAGGCUCCCGCCCCUCCUGAUGUCCCUGGAGGCCUCCGCUCUCCCACACCCCUGGGCCACCCUGCCACACUCGAGAGGCUCGCCGGCCCCGCCCCGGAGCCCUCUGCACAGGGCCACCGCCUUCCAGACAGUGCUGCCGUAGCCCUGCAGGGAGACCCACGGUCCGAGCCUCUCCAAGAUUCAGGGCCGCCGUCCCCUGCUGGCGAAGAUGGCCGCGCUCCGGCAGCUGGCACUGUUGCUCUGGAAGAACUACACUCUGCAGAAGCGGAAGGUUCUGGUGACCGCCCUGGAACUCUUCCUGCCCUUGCUGUUUUCCGGGAUCCUGAUCUGGCUUCGCUUGAAGAUCCAGUCGGAAAACGUGCCCAACGCCACCGUCUACCCGGGCCAGUCCAUCCAGGAGCUGCCCUUGUUCUUCAACUUCCCGCCACCAGGGGACGCCUGGGAGCUCGCUUACGUCCCUUCCCACAGUGACGCUGCCAGGGCCAUCACCGAGUGGGCCAGGAGGGCGCUGGUGAUCAACAUGAAAGUCCGCGGCUUUCCCUCCGAGAAGCACUUCGAGGACUACAUCAGGUACGACAACCGCUCCUCCAACGUGCUGGCCGCCGUGGUGUUCGAGCACGAAUUCAGCCACAGCACGGACCCCCUGCCCCUGGCGGUGAAAUACCACCUGCGGUUCAGUUACACGCGGAGAAACUACAUGUGGACCCAGUCAGGCGCCUUCCUCCUGAGAGACACCGAGGGCUGGCACACCAACUCCCUCUUCCCACUGUUCCCGAACCCGGGACCGAGGGAGCCUGCGUCGCCCGAUGGCGGAGAGCCCGGGUACGUCCGGGAGGGCUUCCUGGCCGUGCAGCACGCCGUGGACAGAGCCAUCAUGCACUACCACGCCAACGCCUCUGCCCAGCAGCUCCUGCAGAAGCUCACGGUGACCGUGAAGAGGUUCCCGUACCCGCCUUUCAUCUCCGACCCCUUCCUGGUGGCCAUCCAGUACCAGCUGCCCCUGCUGCUGCUGCUGAGCUUCACCUACGCCUCGCUCACCAUCAUCCGCGCGGUCGUGCAGGAGAAGGAGCGGAAGCUGAAGGAGUACAUGCGCAUGCUGGGGCUGGACAGCUGGCUGCACUGGAGCGCAUGGUUCCUCAUGUUCUUCCUCGUCCUCCUCGUCGUGGUCUCCUUCAUGACGCUGCUCUUCUGCGUCAAGGUGAAGAAGGGCGUGGCCGUGCUGACCAACAGUGACCCCUCCCUGGUGCUGGCCUUCCUGCUCUGCUUCGCCACCUCCUCCAUCUCCUUCAGCUUCAUGGUCAGCACCUUCUUCAGUAAAGCCAACAUGGCAGCAGCCAUAGGCGGCUUCCUCUACUUCUUCACCUACAUCCCCUACUUCUUCGUGGCUCCUCGAUACAACUGGAUGACGCUGAGCCAGAAGCUCCUCUCCUGCCUCCUGUCCAACGUGGCCAUGGCCAUGGGAGCACAGCUCAUAGGCAAAUUCGAAGCCAAAGGCACGGGCAUCCAGUGGCGAGACCUCCUGAGUCCGGUCAACGUGGACGACGACUUCUGCUUUGGCCACGUGCUGGGGCUGCUGCUGCUGGACUCCGUGCUCUACGGCCUGGUCACCUGGUACGUGGAGGCCGUCUUCCCGGGGCAGUUCGGCGUGCCGCAGCCGUGGUACUUCUUCAUCAUGCCCUCGUACUGGUGUGGGAGCCCGCGGACAGCCAUGGGGAAAGAAGAGGACGCCGACCCCGAAAAGGCUCUCCCCACGGAGCACUGUGAGGCCGAGCCCGAGACCCUGGUGGCCGGCAUCAAGAUCAAACACCUGUCCAAGGUGUUCCGCGUGGGGAACAAGGACAGGGCGGCAGUCAGAGAUCUGAACCUGAACCUGUACGAGGGGCAGGUGACUGUCCUGCUGGGACACAACGGUGCGGGGAAGACCACCACCCUGUCCAUGCUCACAGGUCUCUUUCCCCCCACCAGCGGACAGGCGUACAUCAGCGGGCACGACAUUUCCCAGGACAUGCCUCAGAUCCGGAAGAGCCUGGGCCUGUGCCCCCAGCACGACAUCCUGUUUGACAACCUGACCGUGGCAGAGCACCUAUCCUUCUACGCCCAGCUGAAAGGCCUGUCACCCCACAAGUGCCCCGAGGAAGUCAAGCAGAUGCUGCACCUGCUGAGCCUGGAGGACAAGCGUGACUCCCGCUGCCGGUUCCUGAGCGGGGGGAUGAAGCGCAAGCUGUCCGUCGGCAUCGCCCUCAUCGCGGGCUCCAAGGUGCUGAUGCUGGACGAGCCCACCUCGGGCAUGGACGCCAUCUCCAGGAGGGCUGUCUGGGACCUGCUGCAGCAGCAGAAGAGCGAGCGCACCAUCCUGCUGACCACCCACUUCAUGGACGAGGCCGACCUGCUGGGGGACCGCAUCGCCAUCAUGGCCAAGGGGGAGCUGCAGUGCUGCGGGUCACCAAUGUUCCUCAAGCAGAAAUACGGCGCCGGCUAUCACAUGACGCUGGUGAAGGAGCCGCACUGCAACCCCGCCGGCGUGUCCCAGCUGGUGCGCCACCACGUCCCCAACGCCACCCUGGAGAGCAGCGCCGGGGCCGAGCUCUCCUUUAUCCUCCCCAAGGAGAGCACGCACAGGUUUGAAGGCCUCUUUACCAAGCUGGAGAAGCGGCAGAAGGAGCUGGGCAUCGCCAGCUUCGGGGCCUCCGUCACCACCAUGGAGGAGGUCUUCCUGCGGGUCGGCAAGCUGGUGGACACCAGCAUGGACAUCCAGGCCGUCCAGCUGCCAGCCCUGCAGUACCAGCACGAGAGGAGGGCCAGUGACUGGGCUGUGGACAGCAACCUCUGUGGCGCCUUGGACCCCACGGACGGCAUCGGCGCCCUCAUUGAGGAGGAGCCCAGCAUGGUCAAGCUCAACACUGGGCUGGCCCUCCACUGGCAGCAGUUCUGGGCCAUGUUCCUGAAGAAGGCCACGUACAGCUGGCGGGAGUGGAAGAUGCUGGCCGCCCAGAUCCUUGUGCCCCUGACCUGUGUCACCCUGGCCCUGCUGGCCAUCAACUACUCCUCGGAGAUCCUCGACGACCCCCUGCUGAGGUUGACCCUGGGCGAGUACGGCCGAACCGUGGUGCCCUUCUCUGUUCCUGGGACGUCCAGGCUGGACCAGCAGCUGUCGGAGCGUUUGAAAGACAUGCUGCAGGCCCAAGGACAGGAGCCCCGAGAGGUGCUGGGUGACCUGGAGGAGUUCCUGAUUUUCAGGGCCUCAGUGGAGGGGGGCGGCUUUAACGAGCGGUGCCUGGUGGCCACGUCCUUUGGAGAUGCAGGCGAGCACACGGUGGUCACCGCGCUGUUCAACAACCAGGCCUACCACUCCCCGGCCACCGCCCUGGCCGUCGUCGACAACCUCCUGUUCCAGCUUCUGUGUGGCCCCCGCGCCUCCAUCGUGGUCUCCAACUACCCCCAGCCCCGGAGCGCCCUGCAGGCUGCCAAGGACCAGUUCAGCGAGGGCCGGAAGGGCUUUGACAUCGCCCUCAACCUGCUCUUUGCCAUGGCCUUCCUGACCAGCACGUUCUCCAUCCUGGCGGUCAGCGAGAGGGCCGUCCAGGCCAAGCACGUCCAGUUUGUGAGCGGAGUCCGCGUGGCCACUUACUGGCUCUCCGCUCUGCUGUGGGACCUCAUCUCCUUCCUCGUCCCCAGCCUGCUGCUGCUUGCGGUGUUCCGGGCCUUUGACGUGCGCGCCUUCACGUGGGACGGCCACGCAGCCGGCACGCUGCUGCUGCUGCUGCUCUACGGCUGGGCCAUCAUCCCCCUCAUGUACCUGUUGAGCUUCUUGUUCUCGGGCGCGGCCACCGCCUACGCCAGGCUGACCAUAGUCAACAUCCUGUCGGGCAUCGCCACCUUCCUCAUGGUCACCAUCAUGCGUAUCCCAGCGGUAAAGCUAGAAGAACUUUCCAGAACCCUGGAUCGGGUGUUCCUGGUGCUGCCCAACCACUGCCUGGGAAUGGCGGUCAGCAGCUUCUACGAGAACUAUGAGACCAAGCGCUACUGCACCUCCUCGGAGAUCGCCGCUCACUACUGCAGGAAGUUCAACAUCGUGUACCAGGAGAACUUCUUCGCGUGGAGCGCGCCGGGGGUCGGCCGGUUUGUGACCUCCAUGGCCGCCUCGGGGUGCGCCUACCUCACCCUGCUCUUCCUCAUUGAGACCAACCUGCUAUGGAGACUGAGGAACUCCCUCUGUGCCUUCCGGAGGAGGUGGACGCUGGCAGAACUGUGCGCCCAGACAGCGCUGCUUCCUGAGGACCAGGAUGUGGCUGACGAGAGGAGCCGAGUCCUGGCCCCCAGCCUGGGCCCCCUGCUCGACGCACCGCUGAUCAUCAAGGAGCUGUCCAAGGUGUAUGAGCAGCGGACUCCCCUCCUCGCCGUGGACAAGAUCUCCCUCGCCGUCCAGAGAGGGGAGUGCUUUGGCCUGCUUGGUUUCAACGGGGCCGGGAAAACCACCACGUUCAAGAUGCUGACCGGGGAGGAAGCCAUCACUUCGGGGGACGCCUUCGUCGGGGGCCACAGCAUCAGCUCCGACAUCGGGAAGGUGCGGCAGCGGAUUGGCUACUGCCCCCAGUUUGAUGCCCUGCUGGACCACAUGACUGGCCGGGAGAUGCUGGUCAUGUACGCCCGGCUCCGUGGCAUCCCCGAGCGCCGCAUCGGGGCCUGUGUGGAGACCACGCUGCGAGGCCUGCUCCUGGAGCCGCACGCCGACAAGCUGGUCAGGACGUACAGCGGGGGCAACAAGCGCAAGCUGAGCACGGGCAUCGCCCUCCUCGGAGAGCCUGCAGUCAUCUUCCUGGAUGAGCCGUCCACAGGCAUGGACCCCGUGGCCCGGCGCCUGCUCUGGGACACCGUGGCCCGGGCCCGUGAAUCUGGCAAGGCCGUCGUCAUCACCUCCCACAGCAUGGAGGAGUGCGAGGCCCUGUGCACCCGGCUGGCCAUCAUGGUGCAGGGUCAGUUCAAGUGCCUGGGCAGCCCGCAGCACCUCAAGAGCAAGUUCGGCAGCGGCUACUCCCUGCAGGCCAAGAUCCGGAGCCAAGGGCAGCAGGAGGCGCUGCAGGACUUCAAGGCCUUUGUGGACCUGACCUUCCCAGGCAGCGUCCUGGAAGAUGAGCACCAGGGGAUGGUCCACUACCACCUGCCCGGCCACGACCUCAGCUGGGCGAAGGUGUUUGGUACCCUGGAGAAGGCCAAGGAGAAGUACGGAGUGGACGACUACUCGGUGAGCCAGAUCUCGCUGGAGCAGGUCUUCCUAAGCUUCGCCCACCUGCAGCCGCCCACCUCGGAGGAGGGGCGAUGAGGCGCCCUCUGCCGCUGGGCAGGGGCGGGAGGGCCAGUGCACGCCUGUGCCUCCGCUGCCUUGGGGUUGCUCUCGUCCGUUGUUUUGAAUCCCCGUUUUCCACGGUGGCUGUGAAAGAAUUGUGGUCUGCACAGAACGGACCCAGGGUGUCGGCGCCUUCACCCGGAAACCAGCGUGCCACGGCUCUGAAGGCAGGCUUGCUGGAACCCACGCUCCCAGCCCCGGUGUGGGUCCCACCGUGUGUGCCGGCGGGGCUGCCGGACCCCUGGGUGGAGAGCUGACCUGGGCCACUGGGUUUCUGCACGUGCUCCCGCAGGGACGGGGCUGGUGACCUGUCCAUGUUUACAACACUAAGCUCCCCUGGGGCGGAAGUAAGAAGCCAGCAGGGGUGAGCUGAGCAGGGUCCCCUGGGCUGCAGGGAACGGGCAGAGAAGUCGAGAACCACCGUCUCUGGGGCAAAGAUGUCGGCUGUGACUCGGUGCUGAGACUCAUUUUCCAGUGCAGCCCAGGAGGUGUGGCUGGAGGUGCUGCUCCCGAGGGGGUGGGUGCCGUGGCCAGCUGAGCUGUCCCCGGGCUGCGCGUUGUGCCAGACACCUUCCAGAAGCAGGUGGCCAGCCUUGGAGCACGGUCCGCCUUGGAGCAGGCAGCAGCGCCAGGACAGUCGGGGACGACCACCGGUGUUCACCCCCUGCCUGGAGCACACACUAAGCACACUGGGACUCUGACCAGAGAAUAAAGGCUGUGGGACCCAUG